AUGGAUCGCCAAUCAGUGUACACGCUCAGUCUGUUCGGCGAGUCCCAGGGCAAUGGAGAAGAGAGCGUGAAGCAGCAAGAGAAGGAGAUUGUCAAGUUUGUGCUGGAGUUCCACCUCGACGGUGUAUACAUCUAUCGUGAUCAAAUACGGGAGAAUGUGCUGUCAAAGCAAUACUACUGCGACAUCGACAUUGAACAUCUGAUUGCAUUCAACGCAGACCUUGCAGACAGACUGAACAACGAGCCCGCAGAUGUCAUCCCAAUCUUUGAACGAGCGCUCAAGACAUGCACACAACGUAUCCUCUACCCGUCCCGAAGCGCAGAGGAUCUCGACCUCGCAAAAGCUCUCCCUGAGCACCAACUCCUUGUCCACUCCUCCGUCUCACAGACUUCGAUCCGUGGCCUUACAGCAACCAACGUCUCACACCUUGUGCGCAUACCCGGCAUCGUCAUCGGCGCCAGCACUCUGAGCUCGAAAGCGACUAAGCUACACAUCCAGUGCAGAAAUUGCCAGCACGAGGACAACAUUGCAGUUACAUCCGGCUUCACAGGAGUCACAUUACCGAGGACGUGCUCGAGACAAAAGGACCCGAACGAUGGCAGCGAGAAGUGUCCGCUUGAUCCCUACUUUGUGGUGCACGAGAAGUCUCAAUUCAUCGACCAGCAAGUUUUGAAGCUGCAAGAGGCACCAGAUGAUGUACCUGUGGGUGAGCUACCACGUCACAUCCUCGUCUCAGCGGAUCGAUACCUCGCGAACAGAGUUGUACCAGGUUCGAGAUGUGUCAUAAUGGGUGUGUUCAGCAUUUACGCCAGCCAAAAGAACAGUAAGAACAAGGGAGCCGUGGCGAUCAGAAAUCCAUACUUGCGAGCGAUAGGCCUACAAACAGAUCUCUCGCACAAUCAGGCAGGUGGCAUGGGUAUUCAAUUCAGUGAAGAGGAGGAGCAGGAGUUUCUGGACAUGUCUCGCAGGCCAGACAUCUACACUGUCUUUGCUGACUGCGUUGCGCCCUCCAUCUAUGGAAACAACGAUAUCAAGAAAGCCAUCACAUGUCUGCUCAUGGGCGGAAGCAAGAAGAUCUUACCAGACAACAUGAAGCUGCGUGGAGAUAUCAACGUGCUUCUGCUCGGAGAUCCUGGAACAGCCAAGUCGCAACUGCUGAAGUUUGUUGAGAAAUGCUCCCCAAUCGCAGUGUACACGUCUGGAAAGGGUUCAUCUGCAGCAGGUUUGACUGCAAGUGUGCAGCGAGAUACCAACACGCGCGAGUUCUACCUCGAAGGUGGUGCAAUGGUGCUUGCCGACGGCGGUGUGGUGUGUAUCGACGAAUUCGACAAGAUGCGAGACGAAGACAGAGUGGCCAUCCACGAAGCCAUGGAGCAGCAGACGAUUUCCAUUGCCAAAGCCGGUAUUACAACAAUCCUGAACUCCCGAACGUCAGUCCUCGCAGCUGCCAACCCAAUCUUCGGCCGAUACGACGAUCUAAAGACACCUGGCGAGAACAUCGACUUCCAGACCACCAUCCUGUCCCGUUUCGAUCUGAUCUUCAUCGUCCGAGACGACCACGACCGGAAUCGCGAUGAGACCAUCGCGAAGCACGUCAUGGGCAUCCACAUGGGCGGUCAAGGAGUUCAGGAGACUGUCCACGCUGAAAUCCCAGUCGAGAAGAUGAAGCGAUACAUUAGCUACGCCAAGUCACGAUGCGCGCCUCGUCUGUCCGCUGAAGCGGCAGAGAAGCUCUCGUCACACUUUGUCAGUAUUCGACGGCAAGUCGCCAGGGCGGAGCAAGACGCGAACCAGAGAUCGAGUAUUCCAAUCACGGUUCGUCAGCUGGAAUCGCUGGUACGUAUCGCAGAGUCUUUGGCCAAGAUCGAGCUUCAGCCCAUCGCCACAGAGAAGCACGUCGAUGAAGCCAUCCGACUAUUCUUGGGCAGCACAAUGGAUGCUGUGAUGAGCGCUGGUGGCGACACAUCUGCCCUCGGCAUGGGCGGCAAUCGCGAACUGGUCGAAGAGGUACACAAAGUGGAAGAUGAGCUGAGGAGAAGAUUACCCAUCGGCUACACGUCAUCCCUGGCAACACUACGCCGCGAAUUCGUCGAGCGGAAGAACUACAGCGAGCAAUCUCUCAACCGUGCUCUGCAGGUCCUAGUACGGAGAGAAAGCGUCCAGUUGCGAAGAGGAGGCACAUUGGUGCACCGCAGCGGUGUAUAG